UUGGAAUGAUCAUGCGCCGAUGUCUCUGUGGUUUGUUUGAAACGUACUUCAGCGGGAUUUUGUUCGACAGAAGAGAGUCCGUUUGCAUUUUUGAGCGCUGUCAUGCGUUUUUGUGUUAUCUUCGGCGCUGUCUUGUGGUUCAGUUUGUUAGACGCGCGGAAAAUAAGAGGCAUAUCGUCGUCCUACAAGCGUUUCUACAAGGAGAGGAGGUCAUUCCUUUGCAUUGAUGGGUCCAAAGUCAUCCCUUUUGAGCAGGUGAACGAUGAUUACUGCGACUGUGAAGAUGGUUCUGAUGAACCAGGCACGUCAGCCUGUCCCCGUGGCCGAUUCUACUGCACCAAUUUGGGUUUCCGCCCACACUACAUCCCAUCAUCGCGAGUAAAUGAUGGAAUCUGCGAUUGCUGUGAUGCUUCAGAUGAGUACAACAGCCACGCUCGUUGCCAGAGCACCUGCUGGAAUCUGGGGCAGAGAGAGAGGGCGUAUGUGGAGGGCCAAAUGAGGACCUUGGACGAGGGUUUGAGACUCAAGCAGCAGAUGAUUGAGGAAGGGGUGCUGCUUUGGAGGGAGAAACAGGCCCAGCUCAGAAAACUCCAGCAGGUUGCUGAAGACCUCCAGAUCAGAUUAGAAGAGCACAGGAGAAGAGAGCAUGAGGCCAAAAGAUUCAAACAGCAAAGAUUAAAGCCACCAGCAGCGGGGGACAGCGGUCUGGAACGUCAGCACAACACUGUCACCAGCUUUUUCCAGUUACUGAACAACAAUAAAGAUGGCAGUAUAACAGUGGAUGAAGUCUGGUCGAAAGUGGCGCUUAUUCAGGAUGAAGAGCAGGUUCUUUCUCAGGCUGAGGGACUGAUCAAAGGGACACCUGGUGCACAGGGCAGCCUCGCAGGUGAAGAGCCACACUUAAGGACAGCUGACAGAGCUGCAGAGUGGGAGGCCACCAAUCUGAAGAAGGUCGAAGAAGCCUAUGAGACAGUCAACAUGGAAAUAAGUGAUCUACGGAAGAAGCUGGCGAUAGACUACGGAACCGAUUGGGAGUUUCUGUUCCUGAACAGUCAGUGUUAUCAGCUGAAAGUAUAUGAGUAUACAUAUACGCUGUGUCCUUUCAAUGAAGUCACCCAAAGAAAUGCAGCAGGAACAGAUGUUUCUUUAGGGAAGUGGGGGAUGUGGGCGGGAUCAUCGCAAAACCACUAUAGCAAGAUGAUAUAUGAAAAUGGAGAACCCUGCUGGCAAGGUGGUUCACGUGCUACAACGGUGACAUUCCAAUGUGGAACGGAGACCAGCCUGCGAUCGGUGAAGGAACCCGCUAAAUGCCAGUAUGUCAUGGACUUCCAAACUCCUGUCGCUUGCCAACCUGUGCUGAAGCAGCAGCGUCUACACAGUGAACUGUGAGCACUUGUGACCUUGAUGGUCAGGUUGGGCGGCGAGGGUUCUUGCUCUUGCUUUUGACCAGAUGUUUGAUUUCAUACGUAGUCACGGUGACAGCAUCCGAAACAGAAACAGAAUCCGAAUCACCUUUAUUGUCAUUGCACAGCAAUCAACACAGCGAAAUUUGCUUGUGCAUCCUCAAAAACAAUGACCAAUAAAAGUACCAUACACACAUUUUGCUGUGUUUUUCAAAUAUUGGUGAUGUUAUAGCAGACAGUUGACAACUGUGAGACUUUUCAGAGGUAGCUAGGAAAUAGAAUCAGUCCUGCAUCUCAUUUGGUCCUGUCCAAAGGGUGUUCCAAGAAAUACCUCAAUCUAACUUGCCAGUAAACACUUGCACAUCAUUUUAGUCCCUCACUGUAAAUGAAAUGCUUGUGUGUCCAUUUUUGGAAUUGUGUGAAGAAAACUGAGAGGAAAAAGUGCUUAUGGGCUCUGAAAAUGUAGAAAAUUUUGUUCAACAUUUUGAAUUAAAACUGAAAGUGGACACU